CUCCCCACGUCACGGACAACUCCCCCUACCAGCCCCCAUGACGCAAAUUAAUUAAUCUCUUCAGAUGCUGUUGCAGCAGAGUUGGUCCUAUUCAGAGAAAGCCGGGUGGAGGAGAACAGUUGAUGAGCAAGAAAAGCCACAUUCUCGCCUCUGAUUUAUACAAAUUAUAUUUACGGGAAGAAAAAUAAGAUUAUGGUUAUAGUGUUUUAAAAAAAGAAAAGAAAAAUGGCACAGAAUAAUAAUACGUUAUUACAUCUCUUCGCAGGGGGAUGUAGUGGCACGGUGGGAGCCAUUGUGACUUGUCCUCUGGAGGUGCUGAAGACCAGGUUGCAGUCUUCAGGCAUCACGCUCCGGCCCAUGUUCCAGGUCCAACUGGGCACGCUCAAUGGUACUGGGGUCAUCAGACCAGGCUCGGGCACCAUUACACCACCUGGCCUGCUGCAGGUCUUACGGUCAAUUCUAGAAAAAGAGGGUCCAAGGUCUCUUUUCCGGGGACUGGGUCCCAAUCUUGUCGGUGUCGCCCCUUCAAGAGCUAUUUAUUUUGCUGCCUACAAAAAGUCGAAAGAGACGUUCAAUGGUGUCUUCGUCCCUAACAGUGGAGCGGUGCACAUGUCCUCAGCUGGCUUUGCAGCCUUUGUUACAAACUCCCUCAUGAACCCCGUAUGGAUGGUUAAGACCAGGAUGCAGCUGGAGAAAAAGGCUCGAGGGGAGAAGAAGACAAACGCGCUGCAGUGUGCCCGUUACGUUUACAAGACAGAGGGCAUGAGAGGUUUCUACCGGGGCCUGACGGCGUCCUACGCUGGCAUCUCCGAAACCAUGAUCUGUUUCCUCAUCUACGAGACGCUGAAGAAACGCCUGAACGAAGCGCGCUUCACGUCGCCAAACAGCGAGACGGAUAAAGGGGCGUCGGACUUCCUAGGCUUGAUGAUGGCGGCAGCCUUCGCUAAGGGUUGUGCUUCCUGCAUAGCCUACCCACACGAGGUGAUUCGGACAAGGCUGCGAGAAGAGGGCAGCAAAUAUCAGUACUUCUUCCAGACAGCACGGUUGGUUGCAGUGGAGGAGGGCUACGCUGCUUUUUACAGAGGACUCAUUCCUCAGCUUAUCAGACAGAUCCCCAACACAGCCAUCGUCCUCUCCACCUACGAACUCAUUAUCCACCUGAUGGGAGACUCCUCGCAAUGAUCAAUGACAAUGUGUUUUGGUCGGGUCCAUCGGAUGGAAGAGCAACGUGAUGUAGCUAUACACCAAGGCACGUUGGGUAAGAAAGAGACUAUCGUGCAAUUGCAGAAGAAAGGAAACUUGUGUUUUUGGUGAACUGUUGGUUACUCUUGAGGGAAUUUGAAAGCAGGUUUUACUGUUAUCCAAAGGACCUGAAACUGAUUUUUAAGGCUGCAUCCCAAAUAGCAAACUAUCCCCUAUCCUUAUUUAGUGCACUACUUUUGACCAGGGCCUUAUAGGCUCUAGUCAAAAGUAGUGCACUCUGUAAAGAAUAGGGUGCCAUUUGGGACUCUGGAAAAUAAUGUUUUAGUUUAAUAGAAGCAUGUUAUGUUUAUUAAGGUGUUCAGAAGAAUUUUACGCUCUCAAGAGUUGUGGUACUUACGACAGGACAACUCUAGCCCGAGUCCCAGAUCGGUUUGUGCUGUUAUUACCAACUCCCAUUUCUGUCAUUUUGUGUUGUAAAUUAUCAAGACGACACAAACCGAUCUGGGAAUCAGGCUAAGACUACUCCAUGUCUGAGAAGAACUUUAGUUUCCGUUUUUAAUCAUACGAGGUCAACUGAAUAGAAGAGCACUGUUAAGUUCAACUAAAUUAUUUUCUGUAUUUGUAUUGUUAAAUGCUGUUUCUCUGAUGCUUAUCCAUGUUAAAUGUUCAACGUUCCACCACUGUCUUUGGCUACAGGUUAUUUCAUUACAGGUUAUUUCAUUACAGGUUAUUUCAUUUCACACUAAAGAUGGGGGGGGGGGGAGGCAGAGGCAUAGCUAGAGUUGUUAUUUGCCAGGCAAACGCGCACACACACACACACACACACACACACACACACACACACACACACACACGUGUUAGUCAUCAUGAUAGUUUAUUCAUUCACAUGGUGAAGUUUUCAUUAGAAUUAUCCCUGAGUAAAGUAUCAUAUUUUACAUGACAAAUACAGGUUAAUCUGUAUAUUGUGUUUGUUAAAGAACAUGGUCAUCUUUUACAAUAUAAUGACAACGUGAAUGCUUAUUCGACCAGUGGCUCAAUAAAAUUGCAUCAAUAAGUG